UUUAUAAGAGGCGCACGCGCGCGGCACGAGCCACACGCCGCUCCCUCCUCCUCCUCCUGCUCCUCCUGCUCCUAGCGAGGAGCCGCUCCGCGAGCCAUGAUGAGCCCCGUCCUGAGUCGCGCGCCCUUCUCUCCCCACGCCGCAUGCCUCUUCGUGUGCGGCGGCGGCGGCGGCGGCGGCGGCCCGAAGGCGUGCCAGCUCAGCAGCCCCGCGCCCAUCGACGUGCUCGGUGGCAUCGGCAGCUUCAAGCAAGAGCAGCAGCAGCAGCAGCAGCUGGCGGCGUCCCCGCAGCCACAGCCACAGCAGCCACAGCCGCAGCAGCCGCCGCCGCGUUCCCCGUCCCCGGAGCUGCUGCGCUGUCGCCGCCGCCUUGGGCUGACAGCGGCCGCUGCCGCCGCUGGUGGCGGUGUGGUCCCGCACCACCACCACCACCACCACAACCACCACAACCACAACCACCACCACCACCAUAACAACAACCACCACCAGCAGCAGCAGCAGCACCGCGCUCCGCCCGUGGCGGUGGCGCGGCGCAACGAGCGCGAGCGGAACCGCGUGCGCCUCGUCAACAUGGGCUUCGCGGCUCUGCGCGAGCGCGUGCCGCCCGCGGGCGCCGCCGCCGCCGCCGCCGCAGCCGCCGCCGCCGCCGCCACCGCGAGUCGCCGCGUGAGCAAAGUGGAGACGCUGCGCGCCGCCGUGGAGUACAUCCGGGCCCUGCAGGCGCUGCUCCGCGAGCACGACUCGGCCGUGGCACCCUCGCUGCGAGCCGCCUCCCCCGCGACGCUGCUGAUGGGGGUCGGCGGCGGCGGCGGCGGCGGCGGCUCCGCGCCCGGCUCCUCGUCGUGCUCCUCGUCGUGCUCCUUGGCGUGCUCCGUGUCCGCUGGUGGGGCUGGCGCCGCCGCCGCGUGCUCAUCGUGCGCGGCGUCUCUGGCGUCGUGCUCGCCAGGCGGCAGCUCCCUGUCGGACGAGACCUCGUCCUCCUCGUCCUCCUCCUCCUCCUCGUCGGACGAGCCGCUGAGCCCCGAGGAGCAGGAGCUGCUCGACUUCGCCAGCUGGUUCUAGUGCGCCACCACGGUGGAUUGCUUCAAGCUCGCCGCUUCACGUCGCCCACGUCUGGCACUUGAGCAUGGAGAGAGAGAGAGAGAGGGAGCGAGCCGUGCUCCCCAUCCGAGAAAUUGCACUGACCCUUGGAGACGACACUCAGAGAUUCCCUCCACCCCGAGACCUCAUUUGUACUCCUCGACUCAAGACCACGGACUCCCCCUGCCUCUAUCCGGCUGUGGGACACCGCCGCCGCUGCCUUAAUGAACAUUAGCCCCCCACCCAUCCCUGCACCGCCCCACCAACCCCCAACCCAUCCCUGGCGUGGCGAAGGGGGCUUGAAGUGACUCGCAGGCAGCCAAUCCUCGGCCGUAGCACGGUGACGCAGUGCUACGGAGGAGCGCGACACUGCACCGUGACGCUUGUCUGCGUGGUCGUGCUGGAGAAUUUGAAGCGAGUUGUGGCUUUCUUUUGCGAUCGAACCAACGCGCUGCCGUCCCACAGUCGUCCACAGUCGUGCGCGUGGCGUGCGCGACUGUGGGUGACUGUGGGUGACUGGGCGACUGUGGGCGACUGCGUGUGUGUCGGCUUGGAACGUGGCGAAUGCUUAUGGGUCCAUCGAUAAUACGGCACUUUGAAUGCUCCACGCUCAGUUAGGACGACGGUCGGUCUGCCCGUUCGAGCAAUUCCCAAAGUGUGACGUGAAUUUGUUGUUGUUGAGCCCAUAGGCCAUAGUUCAACGUCACGGCAUACCGCCGCGUGUGGUCUCAUCUCUGACCCGGGGUUGUUCGUGAGCAUUCCCCAUCGGCGACAGCGAGGGAGGGAAGGCGGAGAGAGAUUCUACAGAGCUCAGCCGCUGGACAGCUCCGGCUGAAAUGAAGCCCUGCGUAUGAACCACUUUGGCAAUCUUCACCAUUGUCCUUGCUAAGAGUUUCACACCGACACACACACCGACACGCGCACCGUACCGUGUUAGAACGCUGUCCAUGGAUGGCAGGGGGAGGGGAGGGGUAUUUUGUAAUAUGCUACGAUAGAUUGCGCUCUAUUUUGGAUGUGUAUGUUAUUUUGUACAUAAGAGAAUUUAUAUUUUGUAAAUUGUGUACGUUCUGUAAUUAUUAUUUUUGUUUAAACAAUGAGCCGUUGUCAGCUGUGUCACUGCCAGCUCUGUGGUCCAGAAGCAUUUCACGCGAUAAAGUCCCCAGAUAGUAGGUGCCCGGUCCCACUGUACACGCAGUCUGGUGACCCAAACCUCUCACGGCUUUCGGUUGGGUUACACGGUGCUUUCCUUAGGUCGGUUUGUGCGUUACUACUACUAUUAUUAUGGGUCUCGUCUAAGGAGCUGUUAAAUUAUAGAGCACAUUUUAAAUGUGUAGACGUGAAACUAGGGCUUAUUAUUUAAAUCGUGAUAGAAACACAACGUUUGUACAAUUUCAGGGUUUUCAUAUUUUUGUAUAAAUUCAGCACAUACUAUGCAGAAAUCGUCUCUGGUGUAUUGCCGAAAGGGGCUAUUUUUGAAACUAAAAAUAAAGACAUUUUUAUAUAUAUAU